AUGGCGAUCUGUACUUAUAACGCACGUACGCUUGCAUCGGAAGCGGCCAUCGAAGAUCUGAUGAUGCAAGCCAAGAAGAUCAAGUACGACGUCAUCGGACUGACCGAGACGAGACGACGUCACCCUCUCAACGCCGUAUAUGAAGCUGGAGAAGAACUGUUCUUAGGAACAUGCGACAGUAGAGUUGUUGGUGGAGUUGACGUCCUCGUCAACACGAGUAUGGCAAAGAACAUCGACUUUUUUGAACAACUUACGACCCGAAUCGGACGUCUGCGGAUGAGAAGAUGUGGCCCAACACCAGAUUUGACUAUCUUCGUCGGUUACGCUCCAACAUCAAGGUACGAAGAAGAAAAAGUCGAAGCUUUCUGUAUGGACCUGGAGAAGUAG